AUGAAGUGUGUAGCUCGUUUGAUUUGUAUAAUAAGUUGGUAUAUAAAUUGCGCGUUUGUAGCAAGUUCUCCGGUUACAUUUGAGCUCCGAACGGGCCAGCAAGAGUGUAUGUAUGUUGAAGCGUCUAGUGGCACUGUCAUCUCGUAUUACUUCGCAGUUCAGCACAGUUUAGGGUCGAAAAUGGAGCUGGACUAUGAAAUUUUCGGUCCUGAUAGCGAUGUGGAGCCCAUGUUCAAGCGCCAGCGGGAAUUGCAGGGCGAGUGGUCGUUUUUGGCGCACAAACAGGGCGAGUAUGCAUUUUGUUUCCAGGCUCCUGAAGCAGAUCUCGUAGUGGACGUGCAAAUCGUAGUGGAUCUGCAGAAACCUGGUGAAGCAGCUGAGCGGAAAACCGUUCCCUCAAGCGAGUCUUUUGACCCGUUGCAAGAUAAUCUGGACCGCUCACUAGAGCUUAUUGAGCGUCAGCUAGCUGUGUUCGAGGCAAACAUGCGCAGAUACAAAGCCCGGACUAACCGCAACGGGUUCACAGUGCUGUCUUUCGGAUCGCGAGCCAGAUUCUUGGCCGUGUGUGGAACGACGCUCACCGUGGUUGUUCUUGUUGCCCAGACGCAUUGUUUGAAAAGCCGAAUCAAGAGAUUACUACGCCGUCGCAGGGGCACUUGGAGUGACGACGGAGCAAACGUCGGGGAGAGAAUCUAA